AUGGACGAAAAUAGAAACAUCUGGCCUCGGGACUACGAUUGGAAGACCGAUGACUCGAGCAAAAAAUCUGGCUACACAUGGCAUUCCUAUAUAGUCCACGUAGGGCUUUUGACAGCUUGUAGGGAAUCUCAUGAUGCAGUAAAGAAACUCAAACGUCUUUUCGUCAGCAUGCGCUGUGAGUUACGCGAUUGGUGUUGCAAGAAGGUAGUUUCCCCCCAGAAAACCGAUUCUUUGCCCCGGGACCAAGUUAUAGAUCUUACUCGAGACAUAUGCGUCACAACCACCGAUUCAUGGAAGUCUCUUCUGAGACCUUGGAGACCGAUAUAUCUACAAACCGAAGAUGCUCGAGGUCGAAGGCGAUUGAUGAAACCUCUGAACAUCGGUGUCAAGUUAGACCCAUCGUGGGACGAAGAAAUGCAGAAGGCCGUGAAGACUACCUACUUCGCCACUGUUCUGCGUGACCUCUAUCCACCGAUGGCCUUUGCGAUCAGACUACUUUUCGAAGUUGCAACCGACGACAAUUAUCUUCGGGGCCGAUCCAAGGUUAUGUUGAUCGACGAUGUAUCCGAAUGGCAAUCAUACGACACUAAAGGGCAUGCUGGAUGUAGGAUCUUCGAUUCCGGCCAGGAGUACGUGGAACUAGGGUCGCUUAUGAGCUUUAGUACGCAUAUUCCACAUCCGGACAGUCAUAUGGGCGAAUUUGCGGAAAAUCUCAAUUACUUGUUCUUGGGCAAAUUGAAUGCGGCUUGUCAGAGACGCUGGGGUCACCUCCUCGAUGCCGACUUUCUUAUACCAGUUCUGAGACGGGACAAACAAGCUCCAAUGAACCGCCAGUAG